AUGACUCUAAAAAAAGAGGGAGAAAAGAAGAAAACCACUAAGAAGACAAAUAAACCUAAAAAAAGUAAAGUUUGCCCGACUAUUGACGAGACUAAAAAUGGAACUGGCGAUAAGAAUGAUACUACUGCUUAUUCACCAGAAAGUUCAGCAGAUCAAAAUCCACCUGACGCGGGUGAACGCGCUGGUAACAGUAAGCUUGACCGUAAACCGUCUCUGAGACGUAAAUUGGGAGCUUUUAUUCGAGGGAGCGCUGACUUACCAUCUGUAAUUAACCGAGGCUUUCAGCCGAUACGGAGAAGCUUUAGCUUCAACAAGGAUCUACAUCGCGUUUACGAAAAUACCCACCCGCAGGAGUACGGUAGGACACGCAAUGCUCAGUGGUACAACAGUUUAUGCUCUUUGGCUGAAGUUGAUUCUAAAGAUGAAGGUGGACACGUUGCAACUAAGAAGAAUGGUUUUGAUGAUGAUUUUGAAAAACGUCAAGUUUCGAGGACUCAUAGUUUUUUGGAUAAUUCUACUGUUACCAGAAGAAGACCAAAAACCUCCGAGCAGUUUACUUAUGGGCGGCACAGUGAUUACUAUGACUCUGCUAUUGAUCUAAGUAAGCCGCCGUUCGAAGCGUGCAGUUUGCCAGUUUUAACGCAUUUAACCAAAGAGAAAGAUGACGUGGAAGUGGAACCAGUGCAAGCAAGAGAGAGUAAUAGAGGCUGGAACGGAUGGGGAAUAUUAAGAUCAAGUGCGCGAAAUUCGUUGCUACGCCUGAACACCUUCAGCAGCACCACUGGAUUCCAGGAACCGUCAGAUUACUCAAUUGCUCUUCAAUAA